CAUACAGAGAAAACGAGAGAGAGAGAGUAAGGAGAAUCCUCCCUGGGGAAAAGCUUGGACCUUUAAAUUUGGGCUAUUUUCAGGGAAUUGUCUCGGUGCCGGAGUUUGCGACUAUUGGCGGGAAGGAUCUGUCAUUCCAAUAGUGAUGGUGGUCGAGGGGUGGAACUCUUACCUACACUGCGAGAGACUCAGGAGAAAGACCUGCAGAGGGAAGCCACCCAACCCUGAAGGACAGAGGGAGAGACAGGAGAAAGACCUGCAGAGGGAAGCCCCCCAACCCUGAAGGACAGAGGGAGAGACAGGAGAAAGACCUGCAGAGGGAAGCCCCCCAACCCUGAAGGACAGAGGGAGAGACAGGAGAAAGCCCUGCAGAGGGAAGCCCCCCAACCCUGAAGGACAGAGGGAGAGACAGGAGAAAGACCUGCAGAGGGAAGCCCCCCCGACCCUGAAGGACAGAGGGAGAGACAGGAGAAAGACCUGCAGAGGGAAGCCCCCCAACCCUGAAGGACAGAGGGAGAGACAGGAGAAAGACCUGCAGAGGGAAGCCCCCCAACCCUGAAGGACAGAGGGAGAGACAGGAGAAUGCCCUGCAGAGGGAAGACCCCCAACCCUGAAGGACAGAGGGAGAGACAGGAGAAAGACCUGCAGAGGGAAGCCCCCCAACCCUAAAGGACAGAGGGAGAGACAGGAGAAAGCCCUGCAGAGGGAAGCCCCCCGACCCUGAAGGACAGAGGGAGAAACAGGAGAAAGCCCUGCAGAGGGAAGCCCCCCAACCCUGAAGGACAGAGGGAGACACAGGAGAAAGACCUGCAGAAGAGUAUGCAGUGUUUGGACCCUGCAAGAGCGAGGACAGGACCAACCCAACUGGUCCCCCUACAGCUCAUCUCUGCCAUGAAGCCCCAGACUGGGACCCAGCUGGCCCCCCUACAGCUCAUCUCUGCCCUGAAGCUCCAGACUGGGACCCAGCUGGUCCCCCUACAGCUCAUCUCUGCCCUGAAGCUCCAGACUGCGACCCAGCUGGUCCCCCUACAGCUCAUCUCUGCCCUGAAGCUCCAGACUGGGACCCAGCUGGUCCCCCUACAGCUCAUCUCUGCCCUGAAGCUCCAGACUGGGACCCAGCUGGUCCCCCUACAGCUCAUCCCUGUCCUGAAGCCCCAGACUGGGACCCAGCUAGUCCCCCUACAGCUCAUCUCUGUCCUGAAGCCCCAGACAUUCACAGAGGAGAUGAGACGGCAGGCAGCCCUGAACACCUUCAUCGGGAAGAAGGCUACUCAACUGGACAUUAACACACUGGAGGAUAAACUACACACCUCUACAACAGGGUGCAACACAGCACACACCUCUACAACAGGGUACAACACAGCACACACCUCUACAACAGGGUACAACACAGCACACACCUCUACAACAGGGUGCAACACAACACACACCUCUACAACAGGGUGCAACACUGCACACACCUCUACAACAGGGUGCAACACAGCACACACCUCUACAACAGGGUACAACACAGCACACACCUCUACAACAGGGUACAACACAGCACACACCUCUACAACAGGGUACAACACAGCACACACCUCUACAACAGGGUACAACACACCUCUACAACAGGGUGCAACACAGCACACACCUCUACAACAGGGCGCAACACAGCACACACCUCUACAACAGGGGUACACCACACCUCUACAACAGGGUACAACAUACCUCUACAACAGGAUACAACACCACACCUCUACAACAGGGUACAACACACCUCUACAACAGGGUACAACACCUCUACCACAGGGUACAACACCUCUACCACAGGGUACAACACCACACCUCUACAACAGGGUACAACACCACACCUUUACAACAGGGUACAACACCUCUACCACAGGGUACACCACCUCUACCACAGGGUACAACACCUCUACCACAGGGUACAACACCUCUACCACAGGGUACAACACCUCUACCACAGGGUACAACACCACACCUCUACAACAGGGGUACAACAUACCUCUACAACGGGAUACAACCCCACACCUCUACAACAGGGUACACCACACCUCUACAACAGGGUACAACAUACCUCUACAACAGGAUACAACACCACACCUCUACAACAGGGUACAACACACCUCUACAACAGGGUACAACACCUCUACCACAGGGUACAACACCUCUACCACAGGGUACAACACCACACCUCUACAACAGGCUGCUGCCAUGUUAUUAUAA